CUGUGCUCAACUUCGUAAGUACGUAGCCGUUAUAAUAUUUGAUCACUGUACAUUAACUCGAAAAUAACCGAGAUUUAUCAAGAACACUACAUCACUGUUAGACAUUUGUAGAUCAAAGUAACCACAGUAUGGCGUCAAGGUUACAGGACUUGCUGACGACCUUGACAGUGUUUUACAUAAUUAUUAGGAGGUUUAUCUGUCGUCAAUUUAUAUUUCUUGGAAACCUUGACUAACAUAUAUGUGUCUUGGUAUCCCACUUGUCACACCACGGCACCUCGAUCGCUUUGGUUGCUACUACUACACAGUUCAUUUAAACAAAUCGAUCCUGCAAAGUGAUUUGUAGUUAUUGUAUCUGUGUUUUACUAACUAUUCGCUAACCUCUCAAGACUCCCACUGUUUUGAAGUUCUAUAAACAAGACGAGCUGAUUAGUGUGGGUUGUCGCAUUAUGGUUAUGCUCUUUUCUGUUGCAUCGAACUAAGCACUCACCUCUUCGCUGCUGGGUUACGCGUGUAUUGUAUUGCCGGUAUGUUAUUGUUUGUUUUGAUAUGUACUUCACAACUGUACAUGGUUCGGUUACACAUUCUGUGCAAAUAUGACUGCAUAGUUUCUUAAUAAAAUAUACCUUUAAUAUCUUUUGUAUCAUAGACAGCACAUUCUUUGUGGUAAUCGUCUUUAAAAGUUGAGUAUACCAGACUUUAGUUCGUAAUUGUGUCGGAUAUUAUACGUCCUGAAUCCUUGUUUAUGUGUCACGAUACUCAAUAAAUCCGCUACAUUUCACACUGCUAUGGUCAGGACGACUGUUAAUUUCCUUAACAUGUGGUUGGGCGGAUUGUUCGAACAAAAUGAUAACAUGGCUUGUUUCUGAGCCUAAAUGUUUGGGUUCCGAUAUAUAUUAACCUCCCCGGGACUGUACGUUAAAUGUUAUCAUCCCAUCAGCACUUGAAGGUGAUCAUCUCCAAGGUAUGCUUAGCUCAGUUUCACACAGAACGCUACUUCCUCCCAAGAGAACAUCCAACUUACUUUAUUGACUUAGUACAAAAAAUAUUUAACUAUAUGUGGUGUGUAUUAUCCAUCAAUUUAUGUAGCCCAGAUUGCUUCCCUGUAUGACACAUGAUUUACAGAAGUAUUAUAUCUCGACCAAUCACAUUCAUCGUCUUCGUCUACCAAACAAUGAUUCAGAUGGUCGGACACAUCAUUUCCCCAGAUGCGCAACAUUACGCACUCAAAUAAUUAUCUUGGGAAGUAAAUCCAGACGCUAUUUACUAGGUAAAGUAUUUGGCUCCAAAUAUGAUUAUGGUCAUGCAUAAAAAUCCCAGUUAACAUUGUUACUGUGUAACGGGCUGUAUUUGUAAGGAAAUGAGAAAUUUCGAGACCAGUUGUUCUAAGUACCAAUUGUUCCUGUUGUGUAAACCUCUUGCAUACUGAAUUUGGAUGACAUCAAGAUCGUUGAAGAGUUUUGACUCACAAAAGUUUCGAAGUGAGAAAGUAUCCAUGUCCUGAUUGUUCUAUCCAAGAUUCACUACCUCAGUAUUUCACUACAUGUUUUAAAAUAAUGAUUUACGAACAAGGACACUCAUACAGUUGUCUUAAUGAUUCUGUUUCCAACCAGACCUUGCAUAUCAAGAAAAUAUUCUAAAGACAAACCACGUAAAAUCAUGCAUACGCUGUCAUUUGUCAGUGGUUAGGAUUUACGCUUUGACUGUUGUUUCAAACUGAGAAGGUCUCAUUUACUUAUGCUUAAGUGGAUUGUUUGUCAUGUCAGAUCUGUCCUGUAACGCAGAUGUAACAGAUUUUUUUAACAUUACACAGAAUACACCUAUUUCUAAUUCAAAUUGCACUUUGUUGAAUGAUGUAAUUGUUGAAAAUCAUAAUGACUGUGAUCCAUGUACUCAAGGUCCGUCAGUUAAAAAACCUAGGUUAUUUGAGCAACAAGAUACUGUUUGUAAAUUGAAUAAUGGUUUCAAGGAUGGUUACAAUAUAUGCAACUUAAAAAGCUUACCAGAAAUUCAAGAAGAACUUAAAAAAGUUCGACUCUGUUUCGAUUCAAAAUUAAAACUUGCUCUAAAAGAGAAAUUGUCCAAAUAUAUAUCUUUUAUUGAGACAACUGAAAAAACAGUAACUAGUUUAAAGGAAGAAAUAACUCAAUUAACAGGUCGAAUGGAUUUCAUUGAGUCUUCGUCAAAAGACUUGACGAAAUUGAUUAAUGAGCGAAUUCCUUUGCCUGCUCCAACAAGUGGUAUUGGUCAAUCGAGAACUCUUUCUUCUCAAGCUCCUCGUUUACCUGUACUAUCUCAUUCUCCUUCGGUAUCCGCGCCAGAUCGAUCUAUACAAACAGUGAAUCCUUCGAAUCGACAGCCGAAUCUAACUUCAUCGAAUUCUGUUUCAUCUAGAUUAUUGUCUGUUCUACCAAAAACUUUCGAACUUCAGUGUGUUCCUCCUCAAACUGCAUCAGGUACAGUUUUAGCUAUCCAGGUCAAUGAUACUAUUGACCUGACAUCAGACACUAAUAUAGAAAAUGCUUGGGAAGAACAUUUGGUUUCUGGCUCAACAAAUACGAAAAAAAUAAAUAAACACAGUGCCACACCUCUUUCAAAUUUACAGAACGGGAUUAUUUCCACAAUUAAUGUUCCAACUUCAUUCACAUUUGACACUGGUAAUAGUCUGGAUAAUGGGAAUUCAAAGCAAUCAUAUUUGGACUUGGCAUCUUUAUCUCAAGCUCAGAAUAUAACUACUAAUCAAAUAACCAAUUCUCUACCAUACUCUGUUAUUCCCGAUGUUCAACUACUUCCUGUUGCUUUGCUACCUCCAGUUCCAACACAACCAGUAACUAAUAUCAACCAUCUUCCAUUGCAACCUGUUCCUCAGCUAACUAUUGCAGAAGCGGCUGAAGGAGUUUGUUUACAAUGGUCUAUUACAUAUCCGAUUGGAUCAUUUGAACCAGCUAUUUCUUAUGAAAUUUAUAGUUAUGCUUCAUCUGAAGUCAAUUUAGUCACUGUUCAAACAUCAUUACCAUGGAAAAAGGUUGGUGAAGUAGCCGCUUUACCUUUGCCUAUGGCGUGUACAUUAACUCAUGUUCAAGCGAAUAAUAUGUAUUAUUUUAUUGUUAGGUCAGUUGAUCGAUUACGUCGAUAUAGUUCAUGGUCAAAUGUUGUAAAUGCUUAUGUCAGUUGAAAAGCAUCAAGAAAUUGUCAAUAAACCUGGGGAUUUGAUUAAUAUCCCCUAUUCUUGAAAUAUUCCUUUAUAAAUGAAGAUAUGUGUACUUUUUCUAUUGCAUUUACCCAGUAAAAAUACGUCUGUACAGUUCUCAUCUAUGUCAGGAUGUGUGUAUGUAUGUAUUUAUGUAUGUAAAUUUUCUUUUCUUUGUAUUCAGGGACUUUAGCCCUAAAUUGAUUUUCCCUCAGUUAUAUACUUUAAUAUUUUGUGAUCUAGGCUAAAUAUG